AAUGUCCCAGCGCCUGGCAACACGCAGCGAGUGAUUCAUUGUAAAGUUGGGAGAUGGCUUGGCUAAUUUGUUAUUUCACUAAGAGAUAAACAUGUCGCUUAGCCGGACAGCUGCUAACCUAUAUAUUUUACACUAAUAAUUCGGUUUGUAUCAUACAAUCAUCCAACCAUGAAGUUGCUCCAUAAAGAUAUUGAGAAAGAUAAUGCCGGUCAGGUGACUCUGGUGCCCGAGGAGGCGGAGGAUAUGUGGCAUACCUACAACCUGCUCCAAGUGCGGGACAGCUUAAGAGCCUCGACUAUCAGAAAGGUGCAGACCGAGUCCCCUACAGGAAGCGUGGGCAGCUCGAGAGUCCGGACUACUCUGACGUUGUGUGUGGAGACUAUCGACUUCGACACCCAGGCCUGCCAGCUGAGAGUAAAGGGAACUAACAUAGAGGAGAACCAAUAUGUCAAGAUGGGGGCUUAUCACACUAUUGAGCUUGAGCUCAACAGGAAGUUCACUCUGGCUAAAAAGAACUGGGACAGCGUCGUGCUGGAUAGAAUUGAUCAGGCAUGUGACCCGACCCAGAGGGCAGAUGUGGCUGCUGUGGUAAUGCAGGAAGGCCUGGCCAACCUGGUGCUCGUGACACCUGCCAUGACGCUGCUUCGUGCAAAAGUGGAAGUCACCAUUCCCCGUAAGAGAAAAGGAAGCUGCACACAGCACGACAAGGGACUGGAGAAGUUUUAUGAAGCUGUGAUGCAAGCCAUUCUCCGUCACAUCAAUUUUGAUGUUGUGAAGUGCAUCCUGGUGGCCAGCCCAGGCUAUGUGAAGGACCAGUUUACGACCUACCUCUUUAAUGAGGCGGUACGGCAGGACAACAAGAUCCUGCAGGAGAAUCGGCCCAAAUUCAUGCUGGUCCACUCAUCGUCAGGUCAUAAGUACUCACUCAAAGAAGUCCUUUCUGACCCCACUGUGACAAAUAGGCUGUCUGAUACGAAGGCAGCCGGAGAGGUGAAAGCUCUGGAAGACUUCUAUAAAAUGCUGCAGCAUGAGCCUGACCGAGCCUUCUACGGCCUCGCUCAUGUGGAGAAAGCUGCUGAGGCCCUCGCUGUCGACACCUUGUUGAUAAGCGACAAGUUGUUCAGGCAUCAGGAUAUCCCCACCAGAAGUCGCUACGUUCGCUUGGUGGACAAUGUGAGAGACAAUGGUGGCACUGUCAGAAUAUUCUCAAGCCUUCAUGUUUCGGGUGAACAACUGACUCAGCUGAGCGGGGUGGCUGCCAUAUUGCGGUUUCCCAUCGCCGACCUUUCAGACGCCGAGGACAACAGUAGCUCAGAUGAAGACUGAUCCACACAAACACCCCAGACUUCUUCCGAUACACCCCCCCCCUCCAGUUUUGCAGAUAAACAUGGGAAUGUUCAGUGUGUUAUAAAACAAUGAGUCGUGAGAAAUUCCACCUCUGUAACAGCCACAUCUUUUACAAAUCAAAUUAACAUGCCUGAUUUUCUAAAGUGGCCAUAAAUUCACUUUAUUUUGAUGCAGUUUUGAUGGUUUUGGUUUGAAGGUGACAGUUUAUCUGAAAGGUUCACAUUAAGCUAAAGACAGAAAAUCCUCAAUUCACAAGAAGGGCAGUAAGAUGAAUCUAACAUUUUUUUGCCAAGUCACAAAAAAAACAUUCAUUUUAAAUGAUAGCAAAAUCAGUGACUUCUUGAGUCAAGUGUACAUACAAUAUAUCUUUCUUGCAAUUAAACAGCAGAAGCAUGCAACUACUCCUGUUAUUUCUCUCUGUUAUCACCAUUCAUGGGUUAAAUACAGAUUGGACCAAGAUAUAAAAAUAGAUAUUUUCUUUCUCACAGUUAUUUUUUUCUUUCAUUUAAAAAACUAUUUAAGGGCAUUACACCCCAAACUACUGCAUAUCGACUUCUAUAAAUCAAGUAUGUUCAGGAUUUUCAAUUAGAUGCAAUGAUGUGAUUUACAGUUAGAACACUGUAGGUUCCUCUUAUUCUUCUUUGGCAAAAUGUCAAAUUAUGAACUUCCCCUGUGAAGAAUUUCAGCAGCUAGGACUAAAGUGCAUUUUUAAAUGUAACUUUUUAAGAAAAAAAACACAAUUUGCUUCUGUAUAUUAACUUCAUAUUUAUUGACUUUCCCAUUUAAUUUAGCUUCUUAUGUAAAUGUUACAUUUAAGAAAGAAUAGUUUGUUUGUUUUUUUGUGGGCACUUUUUU